AAUACCACUUUCCACUUUCCCACUUUUCUUUCGCUAAAUCCAAAAUUCGGUUUUUAAAUUUAUUUGUUUUUAAAUUUAUUUGUUUUGAAAUUUAUUUGUUUUGAUAAGAUCAUCAAUACAUUUUCAGAUCGACUACUUGCAAGUUUGUAUUUUGUCGGACGUGUUGCAUCAACCAGAAUGGUGUGCUGAAAGAGCAGUUUGGCGAAUACACGGUAGCACGUAGCUGGACGAGAAUUGCACUUACCAAGUGCCAGUAACAUACCUUUAGUCGGUUGAACAGUACGAAGCCUUGCAUCGUUCUGAAGCAAUUUCACCGAUCUUCUUUUACCCAUGCAUAUGCAUUUUGUUCCAAUUCAUCGUUGAUACGAAGUCGUCAGGCAAUGUAGCGAUCCACAAUUUCACCUUACUUGAACAACAUAUUUAUCAUCUCUCUGAUGUUUUUAAAAGUUUACGGAAUUAAAACGGACAAGAACAUUUUGAACUUUACCCGGAUCUUUUUUAACUGCGACUCGUUUAGCAAGGAAGCUCAGGUACAAUUACCGACUGGUUAAGCCAGGAAGUCAGAAGUGAAGAAGAAACGACGUGAUCGAUCGAAACACUGAACAUACAUCUCACAAACGAUGAGUUUGCUCACAGAGAGGGGCGUGUCAUUACUAAACGCCGACAAAAUGGCCUAAUCCAUACACGGUGUUUCACACUACAAUUGCAUGUCACUCUCAUAAAACGCAUAUAGCGGAAUUAUAGGAAAUAAUGUUUUCGAUCCUCUGACGGAGUCAGAGAUCUCUUAAGGAGUCUGAUACUGGAACGAACAAUUACGUUGACGAGAGAGGUCGACUGAAAUUUCCUAAUCCGUCAGUUAUUUUAAGAAAAGCAGCUUGUCGUCAUGUGGAUUACCGGAACCUCGAUUAUAGAAACGUAAUCAUCGAUUCGGUCGCACCUAUCUUCCCAUCUAUCUAACCACCUACCUCCACCAAGCGGCACCCACUUUCUACCGGUAGCUUCCACCUACCUACUCACACCUAUAUCUACCUACCUACACCUAUACCAAUCUCAUGAAAAAGCAGCAACGCUGCCGCGUGUCGCUGGUAAAUAGCGUCGGCCGCCGGAAGGCAGAUGUUAACGUCGUCAGCUACCCUAAUUCCGUAUUGUCGAUUGGCCGGUGCGACGUCGCUGGUAACUCGGCGCCGAAUCAGCGUCGUCGAUUCGUCUGGCGCCGCCUACUACCCCUUCGUGAGUUCACCCUCAACCCCAUGCGCUCUCGUGGGUGGAGUCGACCAAUGACACAGUGGUAACGGCCGUCUGACAACGUGGCCUUCGGAGCCGCCCCCGCAGUUGCCGAUGGCUAACUAGCGCUACCCCGCUAUAGUCGAGUCAGCCACUCGGCCAGCAAGUCCCCGGGCCGUCUAGUCGCUAGCUCGCUGGAAUUCCCCACCCUAUCUCACUCGCUUCCACCCCCGCUGCGUCGUGUUCCUCUUCUCCCUCUCCUCUGCUGGAGCACGACGUGUAGGCCAACGUGCCAACGACGGCGGCGGCGGCGGAGGUGAAGAAGAGGUGUUACGCCGUGGAUUCACGUGACGUAACCCCGGUAUACGCCAUCGUCGUAGCCUCCUCGCCGAUUCGCGGUCGUUUAGGGAUUGGCGUCGAUGUGUUGGUUCGCUCAGCAACCAACCAGCCAUCCACCUACCUACCUACCUAUCUAGCUAGCUAGCUACCUCUUUCCCUACCCUCUUGCCCCUCAACUCAUACCAUCUCCCCCGCGGACCCACCACCGGACCAUGUCGAUUGUAUCGGGGAACGACCCAUGAUUCUCCGUGAUGUGGCUACGGACAGGAGAGAUAGCUGCUCCGGCAGCCAGUCGGGCAACAACCUCUAUAUGCGCAUACACGAACGAACAGAGGCACGUAUACACGCACAUGUAUAUACAUACACUUGUGCAUGUACAUAUAUACAUGCAGCGCGGACACGGACACGAUCGCGAGUACGCCCUUCCCGACGAGAGAGAUGAGUAGGUACGUCGAGGCUCGAAGCCACCCCGUCACGGAGAAUGCUUCGGGACUUCGCGCGACCUCGUCGGCGUCGCGUCGGGACCACGAGCUCGGCUGUCCGUCGUCUGGCGAUGCUCGACUUUUAAUCAGCUGCGAAGGAGAUGGGCACAGGAGACAGAUUACUUGAUAUACUGUGUGAUGUAUGCGGUGACCGUAGUUCUGGGAAACACUACGGCAUCUACAGUUGCGACGGUUGUUCGGGAUUUUUCAAGCGAAGUAUACACAGUAAUCGAGAGUACAUCUGCAAGGCCCAAGGAGCCAAGAAAGGACGCUGUCCGAUCGACAAGACUCACAGGAAUCAAUGCCGUGCUUGUCGUCUUGCUAAGUGUUUCGAAGCUAACAUGAACAAGGACGCAGUACAACAUGAACGCGGGCCGAGGAAACCGAAACCCCACUCGAUUAUCUCGGAGAAGCAACAUCAACAGCAACAGUCGCCGAUUGUCACACAAUUGUCCCCCCAUUCUGGGGCUCCGGUGCACAAUGAUCGAUUAAGACCAGCACUCGCUCCCCCGUAUGUUCUAUCGCCACACAGAAGGUUAAGGUGCGACCAAAGAUUCACGCCUUACCCACGACCGAUGGCGCUGGUACAGAAACCGCCGGAGGAAUCACCAUCCCCCGUACCGCUGGUCUUACCGCACCCUCGCACGACCACGACCCUCUAUCAGGCGGCCACGACCGUUUCCUUGACGUCGCAGCCUUCCCUUCUACAGAUACUAAUGUCCGCCGAAGAAUGUCAGGAACUGGUUUGGAAUGCACGGUUGCAACCCACGACGGAGUAUCCGAUAGAACAGAUAGAAACGGAAGCGAGUCACAGUCCGACGGGCACAAUACAGAGUCUCAGCCCGACCUGGGAAAUGCUGCAGGAAACAACAGCUCGACUGUUAUUCAUGGCUGUUAGAUGGGUGCGAUGUCUACCACCCUUCCAGACGAUAUCAAAAGAUGACCAGCUGUUGCUGCUGGAACGAUCGUGGACGCAACUAUUUCUCCUGCACUUGGCGCAAUGGUCUAUCUCUUGGGACAUCACUGCGCUCCUCGAGGACGAACAAGUGCGCAGCAGACUUCCUGCGGACGACAGCCCGACGAAUCAGGAACUCGUUCUUAUUCAGGCGAUAAUAUGCCGAUUCAGACAACUGUCCCCCGAUUUCGGCGAGUGCGGUUGCAUGAAAGCAGUGGCUUUGUUUACGCCAGAAACUGUGGGGCUGCACGCAGUUCAGCCCAUUGAAAUACUGCAGGAUCAAGCGCAACGCAUCUUGGUGGAUUACACGAGAUCACGAUAUCCGCAACAACCGGGAAGAAUCGGAAGGCUAAUGAUACUAGUCGGAUAUCUCAGGUGCGUCUCCUCCAAGACUGUCGAGCGUUUGUUCUUUCAUGAAACCAUCGGGGAAAUACCGAUUUCGCGUCUGCUAGUCGACAUGUACCAGAUGGAAAAGUACAUCAACUGAAAUGCACUCGUAUCUCACUUCGCGAAUAUCGUCAAGACCAGCGAACUUGCAGCUUUCCAAGACUUCUUCGGCUCUUAAAAAAAAUACAGAAAGUCUCCAACAUUUCUAGUGAGAGACCGUAAGUUUCCUUUCCGCCGGCUCGCCUUUACGAUUGUGUCAACACCUAAAAUGAGAAAUGUCAUUUAAUUACUUCAACGAACAUUUAUCAUAAAAUGUGAUUUCGAUAUCUAUUGUUGAAAAUUCGACCAUUUCCUUGUCGGGAUUUUUUUUUCUAGUUUCAACAAUCAGACACAUUUUUGUUUAGUGUAAAUAUAUACAUUGGUAUCUA